AGGCUGUUUGCUGCCAAGUGCAGUGGCUGCAUGGAGAAGAUUGCCCCGACAGAGUUCGUCAUGAGAGCCCUGGAGUGCGUCUACCACCUGAGCUGCUUCUGCUGCUGUGUCUGCGAGCGGCAGCUGAGGAAAGGCGACGAGUUCGUCCUGAAGGAAGGGCAACUGCUCUGCAAAAGUGACUACGAAAAAGAGAAAGACUUGCUGAGCUCAGUCAGCCCAGACGACUCAGACUCAGUUAAAAGUGACGAUGAAGACGGAGAUGUAAAACCCACCAAAGGACAAGUAACCCAAGGAAAAGGAAGCGAUGAUGGGAAGGACCCAAGAAGACCUAAACGACCAAGGACAAUACUUACUACACAGCAGAGACGAGCAUUCAAAGCAUCCUUUGAAGUAUCUUCCAAGCCCUGUAGGAAGGUCAGAGAAACACUAGCAGCUGAAACAGGACUCAGCGUGCGAGUUGUCCAGGUCUGGUUUCAGAACCAAAGAGCAAAGAUGAAAAAACUAGCACGAAGGCAUCAGCAGCAGCAAGAGCAACAGAACUCGCAGCGACUAGGGCAAGAAGUGAUGUCCAACCGCAUGGAAGGGAUGAUGACGUCUUACACACCACUUGCACCACCACAGCAGCAGAUUGUAGCAAUGGAUCAAAGCAGUUAUGGCACAGACCCAUUUCAGCAGGGUCUUACCCCACCACAAAUGCCAGGCGACCACAUGAACCCUUAUGGAAACGACUCCAUUUUUCAUGAUAUCGACAGUGAUACCUCUUUAACUAGCUUGAGCGACUGUUUUCUUGCCUCUUCCGAAGUUAACUCCAUGCAGGCUAGAGUAGGAAACCCCAUUGACAGGCUGUACUCUAUGCAGAGCUCCUAUUUCGCCUCAUGAAAAUAAAGGAAAACAAACAGCCGGCGUGUAUUUAGCCAGUGACUUUUUCCAGUGCAGACUCUACAGCCAUAUGUUGCCCAGCUCUUUCUUCACAGUGACUUCUGCUGCCUCUGGACUGCAAAGAGCAUUUUUAGGAAGACUGUAUCUGAGUGCAUAUAUGUGUAUGUAUGUAUAUAUAUAUUAAUACCUACCUGCAUACAUACAUAUAUAUAAACAAAAUGCAUCCACCAGUCCCCACCCUUGAUUCCCAGCUUGCACCAGACCACGAGACCAGCACAGAAGGAACAGAAGACCCUGCUCGUCAGCAGCCUUUGGUUUGGUUUGGUUUGAGCUCAUCGUUGUAAAGCAAAUGGAAUUUGCGGAAAGCUAGACCUUUUCCUCCUUUCUCUCUUCCUUUCUUUUGGAUGUUUAAACUUUUUUUUUUUAAAGCCACUGAUACUGACAUCAGUCGACCAUAUGACAAAUAAAUCAAAGAAACUGGAGAUUCCUCCCUUUUCUUACUGCAUGAUUCAUACUAUGUUGUGGAUAAAUUGCCAUUUGAACUGUGAGAAGUUAAUGUAAAUGUGACGUUCAACAUUUGUUUCCUUUCUACACUUUUUCUACAUAACCUAGAUCUGCUCAUUAGUUUAUAGCCCUUAUGCAUAUGAUACUGAGGAAACUGGUUAACAGUAAUAUUUGUGGAGAAAACCAGUGAUUUCAUGAUAAGAAAGGUCUAUGACCCUGGAGAGGAGAUGCAUGUUAGGGACAGAGGCAUUUAGGUUAGUAUUGAUCUUAAAUAAUUAAAGCUAAAGGUGCUUACAAGACAGUUUUAUUUAAUUUUUUUUUUUUAAAGUGUGAGAAUAAAGCCUUUACAUUUGUUUGCAAGUAUUGCGGUGCCAAAUUUCAAGUCUAGACCAUGACUGGCAAACAUGUGUUGUUCGUUCUGUUCUGUUUAUUUGUGUUUUGCAUGAGGCAUAAAUGUGCUGUGCUCCAUUGUCCAUCUGGAAUAAUUAAGCACUCCUUUAGUUAAUUAUCUCGCCUCAGCAAGAAUCUAUGAUACACAGUUCUAGCCUGAACCAUCAGAAAUCCUGAAAUGUGCUCCAACACAGGAAAAAAAAUAUGAAAGAGAUCACAGUGGCAGGCUUAGAUAUGUUGAGCUGGAGUCUAACCCCAGUCCUGCAGGUUUCACACUGACAGGACUCCUGUAUUUAAAAUAAAUGCUCCAACUAACCUAUUAGUGCGGAUGUAAGAACAAGGACACAAAUUGAAGGGAAUGUCCCGGCUCAAGUCUGAAUGUCUCAGAUGCUGAAGUUUGAGCAUGUCAUAUAGGUUUUUGUAGGGCAUAAAAUAUCAUAAAUAAUAAUAGUAUAGUUAUAAAUAUUGCCUGGUGAUAAUUAUAAUGUGGGGAGGCAGACAAGUAUGGUCAUGGCUCUUAGUGGAGAAAACUUCAUGUGGAAAAUUUGCCAGGGUAAUAUCAGUAAUUAUAGGGUGUGUUCAAAAUAGAGCUCAUGGGGAAAGAUUGGCAGGAUAGGCACUUUCUUAAAUAAAUACCUUUAAUAUAUUGACCAUAAUAGCUGAAAACAAGUCCAAAGCGUUGGUUAAUCUGACUCCUCUAGGCUAAGGACUCGUCCCAGGCCAGCGCAGCAGCAUCUCCUAUGGGCCUGGGCACCAUCUACAGGAGAUGCCCGGGGGACUCCGGGGAUGCCCAUCAUGGGGACCCGCAGCACCAGGGACACCACGGGCGGGGUGAGGGGUCCUGCUGGGAACCCCUACGGGCAGCUGCCCACCCCUUUGCUGAUGGAGAAAGGUCCUCUGUGUGUCCCAGAGGGGUGGAUGGCAAGGAUCAUAUGAUAGGUCCAAGGGAAAAAGUAAAAUCACGUUCUUCCCUGGCAUGGAAACAUGGACCAAGAGUGUUAGAGGUUUCUUGAGAAAGCAGAGUUUUCUCUCCAGAUAAGUGCAUGCACUGUCACCCUGUGGAGGCAAGGAAAGCACGGGGGUAGAAGGCUCCGUGUGUUGCAAGGCAGGAGAGCGAAGUGCAGGCCCAAGGCAAACCCUGCUGCUGGGAGGUGGCAGACCCUCCUCUGCCCACACAUGACCCUGCACCCAUCAUGGGACCAGGUAUCCGUCAGGAUCCAGGGUGACACUGCCCUCCCUGCAGGUCCCAUUGCCUCCCUUGCUGACGGGCCACCCUGCCCAGGGAGAUGGGUCCAUCUCACCUGCCUGCUUUUGCCGGAGACAGUUCCCUCGCUGUCUGACAGGGAUAUGGAUUUUCCAUUGAGGGUUGUGAGCCCCUGGAUAUGUUUUGAAAUUGGAAGAAUUUUCUUAUCUUAUCCAUCCCCCUCAAAUAUUUUUCCUUUUUCUUGUGUAUCAAAAUAAAUAACAAUUUCCUUUCUCUCUGCAUGAUAGCAAGCAUCUAUAAAGAACUCAGGUGAUCCUCACUGCUUGCAGGUCAGAAGGCAAGCAGGUUUUAUAUGGCACAUUAUAAACAUUUGUCACCUCCAAUCUCAAUGGAUUCAUCAAGUUUUCCUCCCCACCCUUCUGCUGUGCUACUUUAGAGUCAUAGAAAAGCAUCUUUACCAUCUCAAACGUACCAGGUUUAUAGACUACAUAUAGGCACAACCUUGCUUCAUCCCUCAUUACUGGCAGGAUCAAAAUGGCGUUUUUAGUGUUUACAGGGACUUAUAGGAGAACUAUAAUGUGACCUACAGUUUGGAGAACUGCCUUGUCCCAACUCUACCUCUGCUUCUGGGCUGGAUGUUGAAAAAACAAUCCAUUUCCAAGGAGAGAAUCAGAUAUCCCAUUUUACAGCUGAAGUAACCAUAAUCUUUUGCUGAUUUUUUUUUGAUGACUGCCACUUUUUUUUUUUUUCCCCCUCUUCUUUUCAUUGCUUGUACAUACCAUCUCUCCUCUUCCCUCAGUAUGUUGUAUGAUGAUGCCUUAGCUGUUUGUUCCCCGUGUUCUGCCAUCUCUGGUGCCACGCACAGGACGCAGCCAGGCCCCUGGCAUGCGUAACGUCUCCUAUGCCACCGUGGGCGGCUGCUGGUGGAGGGAAGGAAUGCAUAGCCAAUGAUUUCCAACGGACUCGAGAUAUCUGGCAAAGGCCAAAGUUCAUUAAAGCAAAAUAAAUGUCA